AUGGAUUUGAUAGAGGAAAGGUAUUUCCACAGGACAGUGGUCCAAGAAAGCGAACCCCCCAGCAACAGGAGAUGGCCGGAGGACAGGGUGCUGAUCUCUGUAAACUUCUUGAAGGUAAAAGCCAUCCGACAUGACAACACCAUGCCCUAUUCUUAUGAACAAUUUACUCACAUAGGUGAAAAAAGUUAUGCCAUCCUUCUCUCAAGUUUUAAGAAGCCACGGUUUGAAAAUUAUUAUGCACAGAUGUUCUAUGAGGCCCUUACAGGCCUGGGUGUCCCUCAUGUUGAACAAGUAAAGGCUGUUAAAGAGCUGUUCGGGGUGAUUGCGGCGGCCGUUUCCACCAACGACAUCAUUUUGUGUGUGUAUGACCUUACCCUCAUCUCGCCUAUUGGUGGAUAUGUACCUCGACCUGAGGUACCACCCAAAUUGAUUCCUGCGAGUAAAUCAUCGAUUCAGGGUUUGGAACCGGUGACACUUGAUGAUGUUAUCACACACACACCAGAGUGUCCCAUUUGUUUGGAGGAUUUUGCUGCUUUUGUCAAACCCAUUACUGCAUUGCCCUGCACACACCAUUAUCAUGUACAUUGCAUCGUCCGGUGGAUGGAGAAUAGCCACCUAUGUCCUAUUUGCCGAUACCCAAUGCCCAUACCCGUACUUGAAUAG